AUGGCUUUUUCUAUGCUUCACCUUGCCGGUCACUUGUUCCUCUUUGUUCUACUUCUACCAUCUUGGCCCUUAGUAUUUUCCCAAGCUGAUUCUAGAAUUCCCUUGGGCUCCUCCCUUCUCGCCUCUCAUGAUUCUUCCUCAUGGCCGUCCCCUUCUGGCGAAUUUGCCUUUGGAUUUUACCCCCUUGACGGUCAAGCUCACUUCUUGCUUGCUAUCUGGUAUGAAAAAAUACUAGAAAAAACGUUAGUUUGGUAUGCAAAUGGAGGUAAUCCAGCACCAGAAGGAUCUAAAGUUGAACUCACUUCUGAAGGCCAGUUCAUCCUCAGUGACCCAAAAGGCAACAAGAUUUGGGAGCCGGACUCUUCCAUUAAUGGGAUCAUCGCUUAUGCUCUCAUGCUUGAUAAUGGUAACUUUGUUCUUACAAAUGGGAGUGGAAAUUCUGGUUAUGCAUGGGAGAGCUUCAAGAGUCCAUCGGACACAAUCUUGCCGGGUCAAAUACUGGAUAUUGGUGGAACUCUAUCUUCUAGGCGAGCAGAAGGCAACUACUCAAAGGGGAGGUUCCAGCUCCGAUUGAUUCCUGAUGGUAAUUUUGUGCUGAACACCCUGGACGUGCUGACAGAUACUCCAACCGAUGCUUAUUAUUGGAGUAACACAUAUAGUGAAGAUAGAAAGAAUGCAGGCCACCAGGUAAUUUUCAAUGAGUCAGGUUCCCUCUAUGUUGUUCUAUGGAAUGGAAAUAUUGUUAACCUCAGGUCAGGAAAUAUUGUCUCUACCAGAGAUAAUUACCAUAGGGGGACUCUUGAUUUUGAUGGGAUCUUCACCAUAUAUACUCGCCCUAAGUCCACAGCAAAUGGGAGGUGGGUUCCAUCUUGGUCUAUCCCAAAAGAUAUUUGCUCUGAGAAUUGGGGUGAGUCAGGAAGUGGGAUUUGUGGCUUUAACACUCACUGCAUACUUGACUCCAAUGGAAGGCCAAUUUGUGAGUGCCUUCCUGGGUUCUCCUAUAUUGAUCCGUCUAACAACUUCAGUGGCUGCAAGCAAGACAGACCCCAGAAAUGUGAACCUGGAGGUUCAAAUCCAGGGGACAUAUAUGAAAAGGGUGAAUUGAUUAACAUAUUUUGGCCUAAUUCUUCGAACUAUGAAGAGUUGAGGCCACUUGAAAAUGAAGAAGACUGCUGGAAAUCUUGCUUAUAUGACUGCAAUUGCAUAGUAGCUGUUCCUAUUGGCAGCGCCUGUGAGAAGAAGAGACUGCCACUCACAAAUGGUAGGGUGGAUGGAAGUACCAACAGAAAAGCGUUCAUCAAACUACCAAAACCAGAUGCUUCCUCGUGUGAGCCUCCCAUUCAGAAUCCAGAGGAGAAGAGUAAAGGUCAGGCAACUCUAAUUCUGGUGGGCUCAUUUCUUCUGGGUGGCUCUGUAUUUCUCAAUUUCCUACUGGCAGCAGCAAUUUCUCUCGUUAGACUCCGCUCAGGCCAAGAAAGACAGAAAAUCACAGGAGAAUCAAGCAUUCUGGAGAGAAAUAUCCGUUCUUUCACUUACAAAGAACUCGAAGAAGCCACUGAUGGGUUCAGAGAAGUCCUUGGAAGAGGAGCUUUUGGCACUGUAUAUAAAGCGGUCUUGUCAUCAUCAAAUUCAAGAACUCAUGUUGCAGUCAAGAAUUUAGACAGAUUAGCACAAGAGCGUGAAAAUGAAUUCAAGACAGAAGCAAGCAUAAUAGCAAUGACCCAUCACAAGAAUCUAGUGAGAUUGAUUGGAUUCUGUGAUGAGGGCCCACACAAGCUGCUGAUCUACGAGUUCAUGAGCAAUGGCACAUUGGCUAGCUUCCUCUUUGGAGAUUCAAGGCCUGACUGGAAAAAACGAAUGGGGUUGGCAUUUGGGAUUGCAAGAGGGAUCAUGUACUUGCACGAGGAGUGCAGCACACAGAUCAUCCACUGCGACAUCAAGCCCCAAAACAUACUCCUCGAUGAUUCAUUCACGGCCAGGAUAUCAGACUUUGGAUUGGCAAAGCUUCUGAUGAGUGAUCAAUCUCGGACACUUACAGCCAUCAGAGGGACCAAAGGAUACGUGGCACCAGAAUGGUUCAGGAACAAGCCGAUAGCAUCAAAAGUGGAUGUUUAUAGUUAUGGGGUAAUGUUGCUGGAGAUCAUCAGUUGCAGGAAGAGCCUAGAUUUGCAACCAGGAAAAGAAGAGGAAGCGAUCCUCACUGAUUGGGCUUAUGAUUGCUAUCAAGGUGGGAGAGUGGAGAAGCUGGUGGAGAAUGAUGAAGAAGCAAGAAACUACAUGAGGACGGUGGAGAGGCUGGUGAUGGUGGCAAUUUGGUGCAUUCAAGAGGACCCUGCUUUAAGACCUUCCAUGAGAAAUGUCAUACAGAUGCUUGAAGGAGUUGCUGAAGUUCCUGUGCCCCCAUGUCCUUUCCCCUUUAGUUCAGCCAUCUGA